CCCUCUUCCUCCCUCUCCCAUCUUCACGCUGCGACGCCCUUUAUCUCUCUCAAACCCGCCACAAAGCCAAAAAUUAUUUCAGAUAACGAUACUACACAUGUCUUCUCAAGCUGAGGGCGUCAAUUCCACCCCGGCACCCCACCCUGCUGUGGCCCGUCAAUCGCUGCCCUCCCAGUUUCCUGGCUCGGCAGUUGCUCCGGUGCCCUUUUUCCCUGCAGGGCGCUCCCAUCUGCCCACACCCCAAAGUCCGGAUUACAUGGGGCAUUACUUGAAUUUCCAAAGCCCCGAGUCUCCACUUGCUCAUGGCCAGACAUCUUACAUCUCAUUUGCGUCUAUGGGUCGGCCGAUGUAUGGAAUGCCUGUUCAGAAGAUAAUGCCCCCAGGAGCUGCUGGUCGCCCGGCCCAGCAGGUCAUGACCCCAGAGUCAAGUCCUUUCGCGUCUCGUUAUGAUUCUCAUCUUUCCACUCCCCUCGCGAUACCUCAUUUCAACUCUUACGCUUUCCACGUUCCCCAAUCAAGUUCAUCUUCAAUAAACUCGUUUCGUCCAACCACACCGCCCCCUUCUAAUCUCAAUCUCGCCUCGUUAUCUUCUCCAUUCGUCGCGAAGACACCUCAAGGCACCGCCUCAUCAUCGCGACCUAUGCAGUCUCUUCAAGAGGACGCGUUGUCCCAGUCGAUGCCAGUCCCCGUCCCAGGGCACCCUGAUGAAGCUUCCAUGUCUAUUCCCAUCUCUCCAGCCGUCUCUCCUCCCAAUGCACCUGUAUCUGAUCUUCCAGGGGGUGAAAUGGAGCGUCUUCGUCAGACGAUGGCUCAGAAUCAGAUGAAACGUUACCAAGAUACGGAAGCUCGUCGACCAGAGUAUCUCAAACGAGGCAAACGUCCUAUCUCAGAAACUGAUCUAGCGCAAGCUGAUGAAGACGGACAUCGACGCUCCAAUGUCGGUGUUGUUGACAGUCCGCACAAAGGACGGCGACUUGCGCUGUUCCAGGAAACAUCGGACGAGAGUUUUGAGGAGAGUUUAAUGGCAGGUGGAUACGGCCGUUAUCGCACGGCAGACUGGAUUCGCCAGCCUCAACCAGCGCAAACUCCUGCCCCUCCUCCGCCAGUGCCGGCGCCUGCGCGAUCUGAAGUCCCUCCUCCUCCACCAGAGCCGUUGUCAGACAAGGAGAUUCGAAAGCGUAAACGACUGGCAGCAUUUCGACCUAACCAGUUGACGAAUACGGCUAUCGAGCCUUCCCGCCUGUUUCCUGUGAUCAUUGAAGGGAUGGGCCGAGUGCUUUUGGACACAGCGACUGAAGAACAGCGAGCCCAGGGUGCUGAUGCUGCCAAGCGAGGAACGGUGCUUCCAGCAAAGAAAAUCAAGAAGCGGACUGAGCCCAGUGCCCGAGAACGGCGAGCCAUAAUGAAUGCCGCGCAACUGGAGGAGAUGUCGGACAAACCCAACUGGCUGGAUACCGAUUUUCCUUGGCGAUUGCGCAUUGAGGAGCGGAGGAGCAUCGACACGGAGGAAUCCGAGCAACGCUUGGACGCGAUCAAAAAGUUCUUGGAUCGCGAUACAGACGCUGAAGAUUCCAGCAGUGACGACGAGCCAAGCAACGAGGAACUUUUGCCCCCCUCUGCCUGGACGCGCAUAUAUGAGCCUGGCGCUGACAGGCCUACGCCGUCACGCGGGGGCCGGGGGAAGAUGGUGCCACUUGCAGCCGAUCCUUGGUCAGUGAUCCUCGCACUGUCGGAAGCCGCCGAGGUCUACUCAGCGCCAACGGGCGCCGAUUCUUCCCGACGGACCCGGGUGAUGCGGUUCAGGCGUUUCAUGCGAAGAAGACGAUUCGAGCAUUCACGCUCAAGUUGAGGCGAAGGAAGCAGCGCGAAGAGCAAGACGAAGAUGAUGACGACGUGGCGUGUAUCUGCCAUGGCAAGCGCAAGGACGACAAUGUGGUGCAGUGUGACCAAUGUGAGAUCUGGUAUCAUCUCUACUGCCUCAACAUCCCGAAUAUUGCCGCGCUGGGACCGGAAGAGGAUGCAUGGUACUGUCAGAAGUGUCAGAUUGUCGAGCAGUCCGACGACUCGGACGACGCACAGGCGGUCGAAGGCAUGGGCAUGGCCGAGGACCUGGUCGAAGAUGAACCGAGUCCAGAACCCAUCUUUGCUCCCACGGAUAGCGAACCGGUCCGGAACCAUUCCAAUGAUGCACCGCUGUUCCAGGUGCUCGACUCGCCGUCGCGCUGUGCUGAAACCAGCCGCCACGAACUCAAGACACCUCCCCGUCCCAGCACUCGUCGCUGGAACAACGGAUUCACGACGCCGACCGCUCAUCCAGAACAUCCGCUUGAUGAAGUACAGGAGUCGUUCUUCGACCCUCUCUCGACACCCUCCCGUGGCAUGCGACUGGCCGGUGGUUUCGUGACACCCAAGGCAGGCAGCAGCGGCUGGUCAAUCCGCGCGCACGAAACCCCGUCAAAACGACGUGACUCCUCGAGCUGGUUGUUUGGUGCGUCGGGAACGUUGGACGAGAGUGCAGGCCUUUUUGGUUCCAGUCCGUUGAUGCGGAUGUCUUUCGACGAUUCGCCCAUCAGAAGAAACACAGCUGCUGCUCACAGGAUAUUGGACGGUCUCGAAGACUCUUCGCCUAUCACGAAGCACGUCGGUAGGAAUCUUUUCGAAGAGCUAGCUGCUCAAAGUGAAUCGCCAAUUUACAACCACUGAAUCCCUGUGGCCGGGUCUUAUCAUUGAUCUAACCAUGCACUCGUUUUCUUGCUAUGCUACUCCAUCGCUGCUAGUCGUACCGCAGAUUGCCGAGCCAUUUGGUGCAGAGUCCGGAAUACUUGUCUAGAUAUAAUGCUGAAUGUUGAACGUAGAAUAUAUUGAAUGUAUGUACUUCGGAGACAAGAGUCACUCAACCCACGAAUGAAAUGUGUCAGAGCAUUUAUGUCAGCAGAUUUCUCUCUCUCUUUCAUCAUGCCUAAGCGAACGUUAUCCCCCACCCCUCUUCUACCACCCGCGAAACGACAGCAGAUCGAUGCCAAUACACUGCGUCCUAUUGCUCUAUCGUUCGACGACUUAUUCUAUGAGGAGCUCAUCUUGCUUGUGUUCUCACAGCUGUCAUGGUCCGAACUUUGCGCUGCUGAGGCAGUGAACAAGAACUGGCAACGCAUCUCACUCGAUAACGGCCUUUGGCGCGAGCAAUAUAUCCGCGUGUUCGGGCGCUCUCGACUGCGAGGCGGCAAGGGAUUCGCUGGGAGAAGUGAUGGCAGAGAAGUAAGGCCUCUUCCCGGGCGCGCUGUGAAGGCGCUGGACUUGAAAGAUUGGCGGUGGAUGUUUAGGAUCAGUUGGAACUGGAAGAAAGGCCGCUGCCGCACCGAACACAUCGAAGGUGUCUUCAAGCCCCCUGAGCCAGGAUCGACGCCUUCGCUUGCGCCACCGCAUGUUGUAUUGACAGGUUCUACGACUAUUAUUGCGUCCUCCGAGACGAGCAUGUGCCCAGAAGUUCAUUGCCUGCACACGGGGGGUGGUCCCACGUCUCAGCAGACUCUGUUGUGCGACUCUCGCGGACCACGAGGGCCUUGUUCUAUCGCGGCACUUGCGCUGGAUCAAUCUGCCCCACGGGCUCGGCUGCUGCAGCUCGCGGCGUUCCUGUCGACCGGAGAGUUUCUUGUCUUCGCCGUAGACGAGCAGAAUCCGCGGGCGACGGCCCGCAAACUCACCUACAUCCCUCAACGUCCCAGCUCAAGAACAACUGCAAUCAUUCAGGCCGUCUUCCAUUACCCCCUGCUCAUCAGCCUCUCAGAGGCUUUCACGCUGUCUAUCUACGACCUAUCGGCCGAUACCGUCAAGCAUACGCAAACACUGACCACUUACACCGCAUUUCCUCCCACAUCCCUGGUGCUAUCCGCGCAACCUGGAGAUCGAUACAAACUUGUGUUGACAUAUGCAAUGCCCGUGUUUCCGGUGCACUUUUCGAUCGGUGCCACCGAGUUGAUCAUUGCCUCUUCACACGACCCUAUGGCGAGCUUGACGGUGAUAUCGACGCGCACUGCCCGUGCCUUGGACGUUCCGCCUGGCUGGAUCGAUCAGGACAAGCUUCGGUGCCUGAGAGAGCAGUGGAGUCGAAAGUUGCUGCACAUCCAAGAUACGCAAUCGGAUGGGAAAUGGAUCGUCGUUGGCCCUGGCGAGUCGCCGCCGGGGAACACCGUCCCGGGGCCGGUAGAUUCGCUGACCAGCCUGCAGAUGUAUCGACUGUCACUGCCUGCAGCGUCGUCUGUGGCUUCGCCGCCACCAAAACUGACGUUCAUUCGAUAUCUCCAUCAUUCGGCCGGCGCGGUAUCUUCGAUGGCUCUCGCAGAUGGCCGAUGCGUGACAUUGGGCAAGAAUGGAUCUAUCUGGGUGUGGGAUCUUGAAUCUGGCGCUGGAGCGAUGGUUUCCUCCCCCUCCGCUUCCAUCGUGGAGAGGUCGACCGUCGUUUUCGACGACCGCAGGAUCAUCUCGGCCCGCGCAGGGAAGCUGGUCAUCCAUCGGUUUGAUAUAUAAUCUAUGUAUGCUUCCGACGCGUGUUCUCCUGGGCUCGGUCCGUUGGAAACGUAAUUGAUUAGCGGCGGCCGCCUUUUCCUCGGUGGUUCCCGACGUUUUGGUCUACAGUCUCUCUCCGUAUAUCGCCAUUGACUGUUUUAGCCCAGGCAUGUCGCGCGGUCCCACAAGCUUUGUCCUCCCACAUGCAGAAGACGGCUUUGCCCGAGGACGCCCGCUAUAUAAUCCGUCCCCUGGAACCAUCACAACCAGACAACCACCGAUGUACUCGUUUGAAGAAGCCCAAAGCCCAGUGGCCGCGAGAAAGAGUGGCUCUGAUCGACCCCGACCGCUCGACCCGGUUCCUAUGGCCAGACUGCGACAUGCUGGAGCACUGGACCCCCGUCAGUUCAGCUGCUCGGCAGAGCUGUUUCGAAUCCCGUCUCCGGCUGACGCUGCGGGCGGGGGCUACACUUACUACGAGGCACGGCGCGACACGUUGAACCAGGUCGUUCUCGAUUCAAAUGAUCGGCCGAUCUUCGAUCUACGGCGCACCAUCCAUCCUCCACUAAAUGCGGAUAUCGUGCACUGUGUCAACACACAUGCUGUGCUCGAGUCUGCCGCGGAAUCCCAUCUUUUGUACGGCUGCAACUUCGUCGACGCCACUCCUCACAACCCCGGCGAACUCUACUUCCUAUUCCCGACAUUGGGUGUCUCUCAAACGGGCCACUAUCUUCUGCGCUAUACCGCUUGCUACAAAGCUGCUGGCCAGAUCUUCGCCAGAUGCUACGGGAAACCCUUUGUGGUUCUCCCAGCCGACCAGUUCCCAGGCUUGUCCCGCUCGACUGCUCUAACCGAGGAGAUGGCUGUACACAAUGUCCCAGGCUUGCGCAUUCGCAAAUAGUCCGCGCUCGCAUGUAAAUCUCACAAGCCAUCCACUCAUCGUCGUAUGACGUACUCAGUGUGACUGAUGGUCGUUAUGUCACACACUAUUGCAAUCACAUCACAUGUACAAUUGAUUCACGCUGCACCAAAUGCGGCCUCGCAUUUGGCAUUUGUUCUGCGUCCCCUCUUUCCUACAAUCUACUCUCCCGCUACCGUGCUCAACGCGUACUGUCUGUAAUCUACCACAACUGCAAUAUUCGCGAAUAUUGCGGCCGAAGCAUUGUUAAAUUUACUCUUGUAUGCGACACCGCGCCACGUUAUGGACACUCCACAACCGUCGCGCGCUGCCCAGCGCAAACAACGACUUUUAGAGAUGGAGCACGAACAGCGUCUGGAGGAUAUAGAAGCACUCAAGAUGACUGAGGAACAACGGCUGCUCUUAUUCCACUCCUUCCGCUCAGUCAAGUUCGAAUGGUCUGAUCUUGACGGCAUGCGACCGAAAACCCAUGUCCUCCCUCAGCGCCGACGAGUCACGUCUCUCGUCCAGUCACCGGGGCAAUCGCGUGGCCGACCUGCCUCCCCGCGAACCCAAUCGCCAGCUCGCCCUCCUGCACUAGACGUCCAACUGCCGUAUGAUGCGUAUCCGGGUGCCCCGCACCCAGCGAAGGUUGUGGUACUGAGCCCAUCUCGGCUUGCCUCGUUUGGCAAGGACGAAACUAUCCGUGGCGGCGUGCCUUUCCCCCAAUCUACGGUGCCUUGUGCUAGUAUGGCGCAAGUCACACGUUCCGUGGAGUCGCCGUCGCCCUCGCAGCAUUAUGCUCCGUCCGAGCCAGUUGCGAAGCGGCAUCCACCGGCUUAUCCCGGUGUAAAAUCCGCGGG